UGAUUAGGACAUAUACAAUACACAUCGAGCAUUUUGUGGGCAGCCGUCUAGAACCUCCUGUCGACACAGAAGGUUCUGAGAUCGAGGGCCAGAUUGUAUUGAUCCUCUGUGGUCUUAUCGCGUCGGGCAAGGCGACCUUUGCAGAGGCGCUACAGCAGCACUUCCCUCAGUUUCGUAGAUGCAAUCAAGACGAUCUGGGUGACAGGCGAAGGGUAGAACGAUUGGCACGCCAAACUCUAAAUCAAGGCUUUUCUGUGUGUGUUGACCGCACAAACUUUAAUGCACCGACAGUGGCUGCUCACGAUUGGCAUUGUGCGAAAACAAAGUUUGCUAACAUAGAUGGCAGACAACGUUCGUACUGGAUCGAGAUUGCCCGCGAGGUUCCCGGAACCACGAUCUGGGUUAUUGUUUUCGAUACCCCGUAUGAGGCCUGUGCAGCCCGACUACAAACGCGAACGGGGCAUCCCACCAUCACCAAUCCAGAACAAGGGCUCUCCGUCUUGUCGCGGUUCGCAGCGGACUUCGAAGCCCCAUCUCCUCAUGAGGGCUUUGACCGAAUUUUAUAUGUCAAGCCAGAAGAUCAUCCCUCACCGGUUUAUGCUCGUUCCGAUAUCGCCGCCAUUUUGCGCCGUGCCCUGAAUUCGGAAACCCUUAUCGAGGAGGUGGUCGAGGUUAUCACAGUCAGCAAGGAUAUAACCGCAGCAAUUAUGGAAUCCCUGCCAACGGGGCAUGGGGGCUCGGAGGUAAUUGCGCCUCCCGUUCCAGUCCCGGUCCGUUUUACGGUUUCCGCGGUUGGCAAAGGACACCCCAUCGUGGAAGUAAUACGAGCGGAAAACAAUUCGUCGGAGAUUCGGGGCGAGGGCAGCUCGCAGGAUCCAUUCGUCAUCGAUUAAA